UAAUCUAAAUUAUUAUUCCACCAGGUGCGCGUCUGAUUAAUAUUCCUGGUUAGAUACAUUCAAUUAUCAGAAGGUAGCAUCAUGUCGAUCAGGCGUACCAUGUCCACAACGGCCUCCAAGGAGUGGCGGGAUUACUUUAUGAGUACCCACUUCUGGGGACCCGUGGCCAAUUGGGGAAUUCCCGUGGCUGCUCUGGCGGACACACAAAAGAGUCCCAAAUUUAUCUCCGGCAAAAUGACAUUGGCUCUGACCCUCUACUCCUGCAUCUUCAUGCGAUUUGCCUACAAGGUGCAGCCCCGUAACUGGCUGCUCUUCGCCUGCCACGCCACCAAUGCCACCGCCCAAACGAUCCAGGGUCUGCGCUUCCUGCACUACAAUUACGGUUCCAAGGAGCAGCAGGCAUAAACGAUGAAGCCUUGAAUCCCAUUGCCCCCACGAGAACGACGCGCGAAGUCACUUCAAAUGUUUACCCAACAGCUAAUGGCAAUUUACUGCCACCACACGCAACAAACAUCUAGCAAAUUGCACUGCCCUCCAAUUCAAAGCCCAAGUGGUGGAGUAAUUGCCGCGAAUCACACCCGCACAAUCGGCUGAAUCUCGAAUCGCGAAGUUGUCGUGACGCUUGCGUCGUUUUCUCAGGGCUCACAAAUCCCAAUUCCAAUCGAGUCUAUCCCAAACUUGUUGUUUUGCCUAUUUAGUUAAAUCCGUUCGGCAGUUGAUCAAAAUUUUCAGUCGGUGCAAUCCUUAGUUUACGAUCAUAGAGUAUGUCUACAAGAAUAUGGUUAACAGUUUAAUAAAAAAAAAUAGAAAAAU